CCACGGCAGUGCCUGAAGCCGUCCUGAGCUCAUACUUGGUGAACUGUGGCCUCUCCCGGAGUCUGAGCAUUUUAGGACCUUAUCCUUGGGCUUAGAGCAAGGAUGCGGGAAAUCGUGCACAUUCAAAUUGGCCAGUGUGGCAACCAGAUCGGAGCUAAGUUCUGGGAGAUGAUCGGUGAGGAGCACGGCGUCGACUACAUGGGGAGUGACCUCGGGGCCUCUGCCCUACAGCUGGAGCGAAUCAGCGUGUACUACAACGAAGCCUAUGGUAAAAAGUAUGUGCCCCGAGCUGUGCUGGUGGACCUGGAGCCGGGGACAAUGGACAGCAUCCGGUCCAGCAAAUUAGGCGCCCUCUUCCAACCAGACAGUUUUGUCCAUGGUAACUCUGGGGCUGGCAACAACUGGGCAAAGGGCCACUACACCGAGGGCGCCGAGCUGAUAGAAACCGUCAUGGACGUGGUGAGGAGCGAGAGUGAGAACUGCGACUGCCUGCAGGGCUUCCAGAUCGUCCACUCCCUGGGUGGGGGCACAGGCUCGGGCAUGGGCACCCUGCUCAUGAACAAGAUCCGGGAGGAGUACCCCGACCGCAUCCUCAACUCCUUCAGCGUCAUGCCCUCGCCCAAGGUGUCGGACACGGUGGUGGAGCCCUACAACGCUGUGCUGUCCAUCCACCAGCUGAUCGAGAACACAGACGCCUGCUUCUGCAUCGACAAUGAGGCGCUCUAUGACAUCUGUUUCCGAACCCUGAAGCUGACGACGCCCACCUACAGGGACCUCAACCACCUGGUGUCCUUAACCAUGAGCGGCAUCACCACCUCGCUGCGAUUCCCCGGUCAGCUCAAUGCAGACCUGCGCAAGCUGGCAGUGAACAUGGUCCCCUUCCCUCGGCUGCACUUCUUCAUGCCUGGCUUUGCUCCACUCACAGCCCAGGGCAGCCAGCAGUACCGCGCCCUUUCUGUGGCUGAGCUUACCCAGCAGAUGUUUGAUGCCCGCAACACCAUGGCUGCCUGCGACCCACGCCGCGGCCGCUACCUGACCGUGGCUUGCAUCUUUCGGGGGAAGAUGUCCACCAAAGAAGUGGACCAACAGUUGCUGUCUGUGCAGACCAGGAACAGCAGCUGUUUUGUGGAGUGGAUUCCUAACAAUGUUAAGGUGGCUGUCUGCGACAUCCCACCCCGGGGGCUGAACAUGGCGGCCACCUUCAUAGGCAACAACACAGCCAUCCAAGAGCUCUUCAGCAGGGUUUCGGAGCACUUCUCGGCCAUGUUCAAAAGGAGAGCUUUUGUGCACUGGUACACCAGUGAAGGGAUGGAUGUCAGUGAAUUCGGGGAAGCUGAAAGAAACAUCCACGAUUUGGUGUCUGAGUACCAACAGUUUCAAGAUGCCAAAGCGGUUCUGGAGGAAAACAAAGAGGUCGUGGAGGAGGCAGACAUGGGAGCAGAAGAUAAGGAACCUGAGCUGUGAGGGAGUCAUCUGGAUUCGGGUCUGUGCUUUGUGGUUCGAGCCUGCUCUGUGCUGUGGCCCUGCUGAGGAGGCGGGGGUGGGUUAGGGUGGGAUGGCUGAUGCAGCGGGUCUCUGCCCAGGAACUGCCCACACCGCUUUGAUAUGCCACGUGCACCCCACUAACUUCACUGUAACAGCAGAGUGGACUAUGAAACACUGCCUCUGUCCCCGAGUACUCUCCAGGACCGACUGCAUGCCCAGCCUUGUGCCAGGGUACAGGUCUGCAAGGAGCUGCUCAGUUCAUGUGUACCUUCAUCAUCAGUGCUGCCAGGCCUCUUACAUCAGUCUCUUCCACUUCACACACACUGCCCAAGCCUGCCUUCCUCUGCCUGCGGCCUCCAGAAAAGCCAGGUGACUGCAGGCUGAGGGAAAUGAGGGCCCGGGUCCCUCAGUCACCGGUGUAGGACUUAUGUACCCCUCAGUGCACUAACUGCAAAGGAGAAAGGGAGGAAAGGCAACAGACCUCUCCACAGAAAUCCCUGGCCAAGACACAAAAAGCAAGAUAAGAUGGACAAAACUAACUAACUCCAAUUUACUGAAAAAUCCUCUUUAUUUCUGAGGAACCAUUUUCAGAAUAUAUAUUUAUGUAUUUUAAUUUGUUUGAAUUAGAUUCUAGAAACUCAAUAGUCAUCUUUGGUUUUCCUUCUAAAGGUGAUUUGGAAACGUUCACUCUUUAUCCUCCCCACCACCCCCUGCAGCCUCUAAGCCCUCUGAGAAAGGGCACAUUACACACUCGGCAACCACCUAAUGUGGGAAUCAGGCAGAAAUGGCUGCAGUGCCCUUCUCGGUGACGGAGGACAUUAUCUCAUUAGGGAACUUUUACAGUUCAAAUUAAUAGGCCCAAGUUGCCAUAAAUGUUUGCAUGAUGACACAGCUUUAACUAUUACACGAUUUUAAUCUGCUCACAUUACAACAGGACCAAAGACACAAGAGCAUAAUCAAAUCAUAACUUCAUUACUGCUCACCUAUGUAUGACAUGCAGCACGACUGCCAUCCCCUCCAGUACAGGGUCAGGACGGCCUUCUAGAACGACCACUGUGUGAUACUACUUGAUCGUGGGUAAUGGGUACUCGGAAAAUACCGACCCUCACUUUUGAAAUACUUACUUGCAGG